AUGGCCACUAUACACCGACUGCAUAUCUCGCCUACGUUAAUGAACUCUUCGAGUGUUUGGGCUUCAGAAGAGAAACAACUAAAGGAACUCUAUGAAUGCCAAUAUACAGGCGCGGUCACUACUCGAACAGCCACUUUGAAAGGAUUUCCAGAAAAUUACCCCACGGAGCAUACUAUGGCAUUUUCAUCCGAGUCCUUAUCUUCCGUCAACUCAUACGGCUAUUCUCCGCAUCCCCUAUCCCAGUACCUGUUAUGGGUGGAGUCGCUCUUACAAAACAAGAAAUCGACAAAGCCGGUUGUUAUCAGUAUCACCUCGUCGUCCCCAUCGGAACUCCGGAACAUGGUCCAUGCAGUACAACAACUCCGUCAGAAAAUCGGAGAUGAGAACGGGGAAUCAAGCAGGAUUGGAAUUGAGCUCAACACGAGUUGUCCGAAUAUAGCAAAUGCACCACCGCCUGCUUACGCACCUACUGCACUUAGUCCGCUCCUCGCAGUGCUUGCGAUGGCGUUUUGGACGGACCGGACUCUCACCAUUGGCCUGAAACUUCCACCUUAUACGUAUUCGACACAAUUCACCGAUAUGCUUUCCUUAAUUGCCAGUCUCUCAAGGGACAUUGAUGGCGAGCGGUAUAAUCCUAUCGCGUUCCUUUCAUGUACGAAUACCCUUGGAACUAGUCUUCUUUUUACGGAACAAGCCCUCCCUGCUGGGCAUGAAAGGAAUUCGACAAAGGACGAGGGUGGCUCCCGAUUUGCGCUACCAACGCCUUUGGGUGGGCUUGCUGGUGAAGCUAUACAUGCUCUUUCACUCGGAAAUGUCUACACGUUUUCGAAGCUCAUAUCGAGUUCCGGGGAUGUUGCGGUUCAACGAAUAAGUGUCGUUGGUAUUGGAGGCGUGACGACUCCUGCUGCUGUGGCUCGAAUGCGAAAUGCGGGAGCGAAGGUGGUUGCAAGUGCAACUUUAUUUGGUCGAGAAGGCAUUCGAGCCUUUGAGCUACUGUCCCAGCCACCCAGAGAAGAAUAG